AUGCCACAGCAGUCCAGAAAAGUCCAGUCUCGACGACGUCGAGGCGUCACCGUGCGCAAGGAGCGCACUUGGGACUACGGCGUGAUACCCUACGAGAUCGACACCAUCUUCAGUGGCGCCCACAAGGCGCUCUUCAAACAGGCCAUGCGCUACUGGGAGAACUUUACAUGCAUCAAGUUUGUGGAACGCGAUGCUAAACUUCACUCCAACUAUAUUUACUUUACGGUUAAGAGUUGCGGGUGCUGCUCCUUUCUGGGCAAGAAUGGCAGUGGACGACAGCCCAUCUCCAUUGGACGCAACUGUGAGAAGUUUGGCAUCAUAAUACACGAGUUGGGCCACACCAUUGGAUUCCAUCAUGAGCACGCACGUGGGGAUCGGGACAAGCACAUCAUCAUCAAUAAGGCGAAUAUUAUACGUGGACAGGAAUAUAACUUUGAUGUCCUCUCGCCAGAGGAAUUCGAUGAGCCUCUGCUGCCCUAUGACUACAACUCCAUUAUGCACUAUGCCAAGAACUCCUUCUCCAAGAGCACGUAUCUGGACACCAUCACGCCCAUUGGUCUUAGCCCAGGUGUUCACAUCGAGUUGGGACAGCGACGUCGUCUGAGUCGAGGCGACAUUAUGCAGGCCAAUCUUCUGUACAAGUGUGCUGCAUGUGGACGCACCUUCCAACAGAAUUCUGGCCAGAUUGUGGCUCCCCAUUAUGUCUACACGGGUAACAAUUUGCUAACGGACUUCGAGGGGAGUGGCGAUGUGGGCGAGGAUAAGGCCACCGAUGCUGGUGACUCGCUCAGCGUCUGCGAGUGGCGGAUAACAGCCACGAAUGGGGAGCGUAUCAUUCUGCAUGUGCAGGAGUUGCAGCUGCUAUUAUCGGAUAACUGCACACGAGAUUAUCUGGAGAUACGAGAUGGUUAUUGGCAUCGCUCGCCACUUGUGCGUCGCCUUUGUGGCAACCACAGCAACGAGGUGAUCACCACCGACACAAGUCGCAUGCUCAUCAAUUAUGUCAAUCACAAUGCCGCCCAAGGAUAUCGAGGAUUCAAGGCACGGUUCGAGGUCGUCUGCGGCGGAGAGAUUCAACUGAGCAAAGGUCAGUCCAUAGACUCCCCCAACUAUCCGCUGGAGUACAUGCCGAAUAAGGAGUGCAUUUGGCAUAUCACAGCACCACCUCAACACCAGGUGGCUCUCAAGUUCCAAUCCUUUGAACUGGAAAAGCACGACGGUUGCAUCUAUGACUACAUUGAGAUCCGCGAUGGCAGUGGAAGCGACUCAAAGCUGAUCGGACGUUUCUGUGGUGACAAGCUGCCACCGAACAUCAAAACCCACAGUAAUCAAAUGUUCAUCAAGUUUGUGUCGGAUGGAUCCGUACAGAAAUUGGGCUUCUCCGCAGCUCUCAUGCUGGAUGUGGACGAGUGCAAGUUUAUGCAACACGGCUGUCAACACAUCUGUAUCAACACCUUGGGCAGCUAUCAGUGUGGAUGCCACGCCGGCUACGAGUUGCAGGCCAAUGGCAAAACCUGUGAAGACGCUUGCGGUGGAAUUGUGGAUGCGACACUGUCCAACGGCACAGUUUACUCGCCCUCGUAUCCCGAUUUCUAUCCGAAUGCAAAGCAAUGUGUCUGGGAGAUUGUCGCGCCAGCGAAUAGCGCAGUGUUUCUGAACUUCACCCACUUUGAUCUGGAGGGCACCAAAUUCCAGUACACCAAGUGCAGCUACGAUUAUCUGAUCAUCUACUCAAAGAUGCGUGACAAUCGGCUGAAGAAGAUUGGCAUUUACUGCGGCAAUGAGUUGCCAUCGAUUGUCAACUCCGAACAGAAUAUUCUGCGACUCGAAUUCCACUCGGAUCGCACCGUGCAACGCAGCGGAUUUGUGGCACACUUCGUUCUAGACGUGGAUGAGUGUGCCGUGAACAAUGGCGGCUGCCAGCACAGAUGUCGAAAUACGUAUGGAAGCUAUCAGUGCAGCUGCCGGAACGGAUACACGCUCCACAAGAACGGUCACAACUGCACGGAGACGAAGUGCAAGUUCGAAAUCACCUCGUCCAAGGGAGUUCUGCACAGCCCGAACUAUCCGAACGACUAUGCCCGGAAUAUAUAUUGCUACUGGCACUUCCAGACUGUUUUGGGUCAUCGCAUCCAACUUACUUUCCAUGACUUUGAUGUGGAGAGCCAUCAGGAGUGCAUUUAUGAUUAUGUUGCCAUCUACGAUGGACGAUCCGAGAAUAGCUCCACACUGGGCAUCUAUUGCGGUGGCCGGGAACCGUAUGCGGUGAUUGCCUCCAGCAAUGAAAUGUUUAUGGUUCUCAAGACGGAUGCGGGACUCCAGCGUAAAGGUUUCAAGGCCAGAUUUGUAUCCGAGUGCGGCGGCUAUCUGCGUGCCACGAAUCACACACAGACAUUCUACUCACAUCCCCGUUAUGGAAGUCGUCCGUAUGGUCACAAUAUGUACUGUGACUGGCGUAUAGAGUCCGAUCCGGACAGCAGUGUGAAAAUCAAGUUUCUUAGCUUUGAAAUCGAGUACUCAGAGCACUGCGACUAUGACUUUCUUGAGGUGACCGAGGAGGGCAACGCAAUGAAUACCAUACAUGGUCGCUUCUGUGGGAGAAGAAGACCUCCAAUUAUUGUAUCCAACUCGGACACACUUCUGUUAAAGUUCCAAACCGAUAAGGAUAAUUCGCAGCGCGGAUUUGCUAUUGCCUUUGUGGCCGUCGAGCCCCCAGUCGACGAGGGUGGCGAAGAUUUUGAUGCAGUUACUCCGUUUCCUGGCUAUCUUAAGAACAUGUAUUCUGAGACGGCGGGUGGCGAAGAGCAAACUAUUCAACGACCACAUAUUUGGCCACCGAGCAGUCUAAUGUGACUUUUAUUUACCUUUUAAUUAUAUUUUUAAGUUUUGUUGUUGGAUUUGUAAAUAAAUAAUCUAAAAAAAAUCA